GCGCUGCUUUUACAGAUGAGACUCUUAGUAGUAGAAGCAGCUGCGCCGUUGAAUGAAGGCAACAAACAUGGCGAACGCGAGUGUGCGAGGCUCACUGAAGCAGUCGCUGAAAUUAACAUGGCCGAGGCAUCGACUAAUCUUCACGUUCCCAAUGAACUACCUGUUAAUAAAAGGCAGCAAUUCGGAAACAGAACUCUCAUAAAUCAAGAUGACGUUUUCCAGCAUAACGCAUGGGAUAAUGUUACCUGGGACAAAGAACAAGAGGAGGCAGCUCAACGCAAAGUAAAGGAAAACUCCAAAGUAUGUGUUUCUAUCCAAGAGAUAACUAAAUAUGAAACGGAUGCAAGUAAAUAUUGGGACAAGUUCUAUGACAUUCAUCAAAAUAGGUUGUUAAAUAAUUGGCACCAAACGAUGUUGAAAAAGACAAAGACAGGCCGCUCAGAGAUUUUCCAGACGUGCAGAACUAUGAUAGUGAUAAUCAGUUAAAGAAUGAACCUGAUCAAAUUGUUGCCCCAAG